UUCCUCCCCACAGUGCUUUCUUCUCCCAGGCAUCUAAACAGUGCUGAUAACAGGAGGUCCAGGAAGUGGCUGUGUGCUGGGGGCAUGGCUACAGUUACAUGACAGGCCUGUGACCUAAUAGAAACAGUAUAGUGCUGGGAGGGUGGAACCUGUUCUGUGUACACUCACUGUGCACAGGAAGAGGAAGCAUAAAGGAACUGUGCGUUCCAUUUCUUUCUGUCCUGUGUUCCACUUGACUUUGCUGCACAGUAAGAGCACACUGCAUUCCUGCACCCAGAGACCAGUCAGAGGGACUAUCCUGCCAGCCAGCCAGCCACAAGGACCAGCGUGUUGCAGAGGUGCCAGAUAAUCGAAUGGAGAAGAUAGUACUGAGUUAUGGAGACUCCCUCUUGCGCUCUUCAGAUGUUGCACUACUUGAUGCCCCACACUGGCUGAAUGAUAACGUUAUUGGUUUUACUUUUGAAUUCUUGGCAUCCUCCUUAUCCCCAUCGACAACUCAAAAAAUUGCUUUCCUCAGUCCUGAGGUUAGCCAAUUUAUCAAGUGCUGUGGAAGUGAGGCCUCGGAGUUCCUGCAGCCACUGGACUUAGCCAACAAAGACCUUGUUUUUUUACCUGUCAAUGAUAAUGCUGGAUCUAUAGCAGGUGGUACACACUGGAGCCUCCUUGCCUACCUACGUAGCGUUCAUGGAUUCCGUCAUUAUGACUCUGCACCAGGGACAAAUGCCCCACAUGCCCGAAGUAUGGCCAGAAACCUAAGUAGUCUGCUUGGUGGUAAUCCACAUUACCAGGAGGAAGAAGCGCCACUCCAGCAUAAUAGCUAUGAUUGUGGCAUGUAUGUGGUUUGUGUGGCAGAAGCAAUGUGUGAGCAGCAUUGUCAUGGGUCCAGUCUUAAUCUGCAGAACAUCACACCACAGUAUGUUACCCAGAAGCGGGCAGAAUGGAAAGAGAUCAUCCAGGGUCUGAGUUGUCACGCCAAAGUCAUCUCUACUUUCUAAUUACCUCAAAAUGGUGGCUUAUACAGGGAGACAUGUUAUUGCCACUAUCUCUCUGCCUCAAAUUUCCAUAUUGCAAAGUCAUAAGAAAAACUUACUUUUACAUGUGAAGUCAACUUUACAUCUAUGUGAAACUUUUCUAGCUUCCAAUGUUGGUUUUCUGGUUUACUCUGGAUGUUCCAGGAACUUUUACCAUACUAGGAUUUUAUUCAUUGGAAAAAUUUAGAGGUUCCUAUUUAACAUAUGCUAAAGAACUGCAGUUCUUCCAAUAAUACGCUCCGCUGUUGUUUUCCUUUUCUGUUCAUUACGGUUUCUGUUCAUGUUAAUGUUCAUUAUGUUUCAUUAAUGAAAGAAGAAAUAUUCAUUUCUGAAAACACUGUCAACAAAAUAGAAAGCUUACGUUUUUUUUAUCUUCAAUACAUAAGGGGCCUAAUUCAGAGUUGAUCGCAGUAGCAAAUUUGUUAGCAGUUGGGCAAAACCAUGUGCACUGCAGGGGGACAUAUAUAACAUGUGCAGAGAGAGUUAGAUUUGGGUGGGGUGUGUUCAAACUGAAAUCUAAAUUGCAGUGUAAAAAUAAACAGCCAGUAUUUACCCUGCACAGAAACAAAAUCUAACUCUCUGCAAAUGUUGUAUCUGCCACACCUGCAGUGCAGAUGGUUUUGCCCAAUUGCUAACAAAUUUGCUGCUGCGAUCAAUUCUGAAUUACCCCCAAUGUUUUCUAUAAAAGUACUAAUUAAAGAAAAGCAGGCAUUUACGACUAUAGAGUUGAUUCAGAGUUGAAAGCAAUUCUAUCUUUAAAAAAUAAAUUAAAAAAAUGUGGGUUAUCCAAAGA